UGGUCAGAACAGAGAGACGUGUAGCUGGACAUGGAUCACCUGUUAGUGCUGCUGCUGCUGUGGAGCUCAGAAUAUCCAGGAGUCGGCGGUGGAUCGGCAGGCAAUUCUUUGUCUGCUUCUGGAGUUCAGGCUGAAGAAAAACACAAAACAACAGAGUCUGAUUAUGUUAGGUUGGUGGGAGGAGCCAGUGGCUGUGCAGGUACACUGGAGCUGAAACACCUGGGAGAGUGGAGACCAGUGGAUGGCAAUGGAUGGACCCUGAAAGAAGCAGCUGUUGUCUGUGAACAUCUGGACUGUGGUUCUGCUGUUUAUGUAGAGUGGAGAAAUGAGUACCCAGACAGACCUGUAUGGAAGAUGAAAACUACAUGUAUUCAGUCUGGAUCUGCUGUGAGAGACUGUGUAACAUCAAAAUCCUCUUCUGCUAUUGUGAAUGUCACCUGCACAGACUCUGUCAGGCUGCUGAAUGGUUCCAGUCUGUGUUCAGGCAGACUGGAGGUGAAGUCUAACCAGAGCUGGUCCUCAGUGUGUGAAGCUGACUUUGACCAGCAGGAUGCAGAGGUGGUCUGUAGGGAGCUUGGCUGUGGGCCUCCUUCAGUCCUCCAGGGGGCGCUCUAUGGAGAAGUGGAGGCUCCAGUGUGGAGCAAAGAGUUCCAGUGUGGAGGCCAUGAGUCUGCUCUCCUGGACUGUAGAAGCUCAGCCUCACCUAGAAACAGCUGCUCACCUGGCAAAGCUGUUGGACUCACCUGCUCAGAGCCUGUCAGGUUGGUGGGCCAAGCCAGUCGCUGUGCAGGCAUGCUGGAGGUGAAAGUGGGAAAGUGGAGAACAAUUGAUUAUUUUGACUGGGAUCUGAAGGAGGCACAUGACAUCUGUGAACAUUUGGGCUGUGGCUCUGCAUUUUCUAUACAAUGGAAAAAUGAGCCCUCUGAGAUUUCUGUGUUGAAAAUUGAGCCUGAUUGUGUUCACUCCGGAUCUGCUCUCAGAGACUGUGCAAAAUCACAUUCCUCUUUCCUAACCCUGAACGUCACCUGCAAAGACAUGCUGGUUCAGCCAAUCAUCUCUGUGUCCUUCAUGAAUGGGGUCUCCAUGGCCCAGCAGCAGGGGCCUCAGUUACCCAGGGGCUCUAACUUCACCAUCAGCUGCUCCAUCCAGCCACAGAACCCAGGAGGCUCCUUCCAGCUAACCUUCACCUCCUCCGACACGGCGUACAACUACACCCAGCCAGCUGUCAAUCACUCUGCCCACUUCCUGUUCCCUGCUGCAAAGCCCGCCCACCAAGGAAACUACAGCUGUAUUUAUCAUGUCUACGACUUGUCCUCUGAGAGCCGCCUGCUAUCUGUCACUGUGUCAGAUCCCACACACUCAGACGUUGUUAAAGGUGUUGUCAUCACACUGGUAGUCCUGCUGGUCAUUGUACUCAUGAUCCUUGGUCUUCAUCUCUAUCAUCAGGUCAACAAACAGUAGAACAGCCAGCUGACUGACUGUAAACUCUGUGUUUGAGUCCCUGGAGGAAGGCCAGGAACAAGUUCAGCCAGCAGAGGAGGACCUCCAAGGAGCUCAAAAGCAUGUUUAGACAGAGCAUGGUCUUAUUUCUACACCAUCUGUUUUGUCCUCCAUCCUCCUGUCUGUGAGCCAGAAGUCCGGUCAAAACACAAGUUCAACAGGGCUGUGCAGAGAUGUUUGAAAGGGCAGGUGCUCAAAGUUAAAAUAAAAAAGGGGCACAUAGAACCAGGCUGAAUAACAACAACCCACAUUCAUCAAGAAUCUAAUAUGGAAUUGCAUCAUACUAUAUCACUGUCAUCAGGUAGGGACAAUGCAAAGCAAACAUAGCUUAUAUUUUACCUAUAUUUUACAAUGAUGCUGUUGAGGGGUUACUGCUGCUCCUGAUGCUGAUAGUGCUGGAGGGCAGGGCUGUGUUGAUCUGAAACUGUAGACAUUAAAAAGUCCAUAGGAGAAAUGGUAGCUGAUUAAACAAGUGUUAUUAGAUGAUAAUAAAAUGCAAAGAUUGGUGACAGCGCUUGGAAUCAUAAGGCAACAGAUUAAAAAAAAACUGCAGGAAAUAAACUAGCCUCUGCCUGUGACUCACUCUCUGACUCUCUUCCUCCUUCCAUCUCCUCAUCUCAUUUAUCACUCUCCACUUGCUGUCCAUCUGAGAGCAAGGUUAAAAUUGCUAUUGCAUGAAUGUAUUAUUUAAUUAUCCACACUUAAAAACUCUCACACCAAUGUUAUAUCAUUAGUAAUAAUUUUAAAAAAUCUAUACUGUAUAUACUAUGGCCACAAGUUUGCAUCAUGGUGCUGAUCCAGAAUCCUUCCUUUAUUAUAUAUUAUAGUGCUAUAAUUCUAAAAAUAAUGAGAAUACAAAAAUAAAGUAAUAAAUAUAAAAUAGGGCUAGGGAUAUGUAUUUAUGAUGAUUCAAUUUGUUUGACUAUCCAUUCUGUGCAGGCAGAACGCUUAUUAAAUGUUUAAACUGUAGAGAUAAUUUUACUUCUGUAAAAUCUGCAUUUUGUCA